CCUGCGUCCCCUUUCUGUGUCUUCCACUCUUCAUAUCAUACCACAGCUAAUUCCUGAAAUUCCAGCCCUCCUUGCGCUUCAAACGGCUCAAGCAGAGAGGGCAUACAUUCAUACAAACAUACAUACGUAGACAUAUUUAGUUCUUCAUAAAUAAAAAAAAUAGAUAUCCUCCAAAUAUUUUCCACCACCUGUCUUCCAGAGGCGACCGCGUUCCGCAACAGGACCUACCUCCCAGUCCACCCGUCCCCCCCCACCCCCCUCCACAACGCACCCUAGCCGAAAUCCUCAGCACCCAUUGGACCUCCACCCUCUCUGACUUCCCCCCCCCCCCCUCUCCCCGGCCCUCUCCCUGACUCCCUCUCCCUUCCCACCCACACCAAAACAACCGCCCUUUUUAUUGGGGCCGCUCCCUCACCCCCACCACGUCUGCAGAGUGGGUACCGGCCCCCUCGCCCGGGGGCGGGAGCGAGGACCUGGGCGAGGGGCUGGACAAGCCCCUGGAGAACGAUGCGGAGGGCGUGUGGAGCCCCGACAUCGAGCAGAGCUUCCAGGAGGCGCUGGCCAUCUACCCGCCCUGCGGCCGACGGAAGAUCAUCCUGUCGGACGAAGGCAAGAUGUACGGACGGAACGAGCUCAUAGCGCGCUACAUCAAGCUCAGGACGGGGAAGACGAGAACCAGGAAGCAGGUUUCUAGUCACAUUCAGGUGUUAGCCCGCCGCAAGGCCAGAGAGAUUCAGGUGAAGCUGAAGGUAUGCUACGACCAGGCAGCCAAAGACAAAGCCCUUCAGAGUAUGGCCAGCAUGUCUUCGGCUCAGAUCAUCUCCGCCACGGCCUUCCAGAACAAAAUGGCUCUCCAGGGUCUGUCUAGGUCGCCCUACCCCUCUGCUGGUGGGUUCUGGCAUGGAGGUAUUCCAGGCCAAACCGGAGGCCCUGAGGACAUUAAGCCCUUCUCCCAGCAGAGUUACUCCAUGCAGCCUUCCGGCCCGCCCCCCAUAACAGGUUAUGAAAGCACAGCCGGGUUGUCCAUGUCGCCCGGCGCCCCCCCCUGGCAGGGCCGCAGUAUUGCCAGCUCCAAGCUCCACAUGCUGGAGUUCUCCGCCUUCCUCGAGCAACCUCAGGACCCAGACACUUUCAACAAGCACCUGUUUGUGCACAUCGGCCAGUCCAACCCCAGCUACAGCGACCCCUACCUGGAGGCGGUGGACAUCAGGCAGAUCUAUGACAAGUUCCCCGAGCGGAAGGGAGGGCUGAAGGAGCUCUUUGACAAGGGCCCGCACAACGCCUUCUUCCUUGUCAAGUUCUGGGCUGACCUGAGUGCCAAUCUGCAGGACGACAGCAGCUUCUUCUACGGCGUGUCCAGUCAGUACGAGGGCACAGAGAACAUGGUCAUCACCUCCUCCACUAAGGUGUGCUCCUUCGGGAAGCAGGUGGUGGAGAAGGUGGAGACGGAGUAUGCUCGCUUUGAGGGGGGUCGCUACGUGUUCAGAAUCCACCGCUCGCCGCUGUGCGAAUACAUGAUCAACUUCAUCCACAAGCUCAAGCACCUCCCCGAGAAGUACAUGAUGAACAGUGUCCUGGAGAACUUCACCAUCCUUCAGGUGGUGACCAACAGAGACACCCUGGAAACGUUGCUGUGUGUGGCGUACGUCUUCGAGGUGUCCACGAGCGAGCACGGGGCGCAGCAUCACAUCUACAGGCUGGUCAAAGACUGACCGGCCUGGAAAAAACAUGGACUAUUUUCUCACUUGGUAAACUGUUACUAAACAAACGUGUACGAUGAGACCGUCUGCGAGUCUACACAUCAGGAAAACACUGGUUCAGAGGCCCCGAAGGCCAAACGAGAAGGGACGGCUCAUGUCGGAGGCAGAAGACUGAAGAAGGAGUAAACUGUGGACAUUUGUUUGAAGGCUUUGUUUUGUUGAGUCGUUGUUAAGAAAAAUUAACGUUAAAGAGGACUAUGAUCUACUGUGGUUUCUGAAUCAUAGGAGCCGAACUGCAUGUAAAACUUGACGUUGGGAUCUUUUCCUCCUUAUUUUAACUGUGCUUGUUUUGAUUUGUGUUUUUCUUUCACACGGACCCGUGCGCGUUGGUUGAUGUGGCUCCGUGAAGAGUUGAGUUGUCUGAUGGCGACAUCUGGUGGCCGUAACAGGAACGGCAGGAAAAGAGAACUAAAAGGGAGGGUCUGCCAUCUGCAUAAAAAAACAGUGUGCUAUUUGGUGCCACAUUCUGUGCCACAUUUUGGUGUCAUUUGUGACAAGUAUUGAUGUGACAUGCCACUUCAAACCAAUGACAAAAUUGUCAAACUGUUCCAUGUACUGUCUUGUAUUGUUCCUAUUUCUGUUUGUUGAAAACCAAACAAAAGGCCUAGCCUAUGACUGCAGAAAUCUCUGUGGCUGCACCAUGCCCUGAAGAAAUGCGCUACUUCGUUACUUAACCCUCAUCUGUUUCUUGGUUUUGAACUUUAAAUGUGAAUUGUAGUACAAUUAGUGGUUUUGGCUUCAUUUGUGCACAAUAAUAUCUCAUUGAAUUGUCAAUCCAGAACUA